AUGGACAUCGAUGACUACGAAGAAGACAUGAUGCUCGACGAAGACGAGUUCAUUGCCCCCUCACCCACAGGAGAGGAGCCCUAUGAGGAAGGAGCCUCCCGGUUCGCAAACACACGCCAACAGAACGUCAAGGUUGUCGACAAGAACUUCUUCAAUGGCAACCUGAUGUCGGACAACCAUCAAGACCCGAUCGCUCCACACUCGGACACGCUGUCCCAGUUCUUCAACCAGCAGCAUCCAGAGACCGUGCUGGUCAUGGCCCGAUCCUUCUCCAAGAAGAACGUUGUCUCUGCAGCAGUCGUCCAAGUCCAUCGGGACGGAUUUGUGAUCGAGGGACAGACUGCGCAGGCCGGACCGACAUUGCAGGUCUCGGUCUCGUUCUCGAGUCCGGCGCUUUCUUUGGUCAUGGCGAAGGAGGCCUUCUUGAGGAUUGGCAAACAAGCCGAAGCCGAAGCUGAAGCCGAACGGGGGUCCGUUGUCCGUCGUCAGCAGAUCCCAGGUCAACCACCAGGUCUGGGUGUGUACUGGCCCCACUGGAGCCCCUUCCUGAUCGCGCUCGCCAUCAGCGUCUCCUCAUUCUUCGUUGUCUACUUCUUCCCCAACGUCAGCAUCCCGCCCUUCGUUUGGAUCAAACAAAUCUGGGGACUCGAUACCGUCCGCACCUGUGUCCAUUUUGCAGUCUUCCUGCAUGGCUUUCAGCUGGUCACGGCAUGGUAUCUGAUGAAGCGCGUGGCCAAGUGUCCGUUUUCGAUCAAGCAGGUCCUGAUCUGGUCCGUGUGUGUUCAGAUCAUGGGGAUCGGAUCAAUGUUGAAGCUGUUGCCGAUCGUGUACAAUAGCAAGUUUGUGAGCGACGAGAUUGAAGCCGAGGAGAAGGAGCUACGACAGAGACAGCAGCAGCAGGAGGAGGAGGAGUGCUAA